AUGGUGAACAAGAUCUCUCAUCCGGGAUUUUCGGGUCCAGAGGAGGCGCCCACAUUUCCGAUGGAGCCUUCUUGCAAUACCAAACAGGGAGUCUCCUCCGGCGUAAACUGGAGGGACGCGCCGACGGCUGCUUUCGACAGGCGCAGCCGCGCGUGCAUAGUGUCUGCCAAUGUACGUAGUGUUUUGAACACACGAGACGAGUUGGAGGCGGUUGUUACGGAACACUUCUUGGUGGUCAUCGCCCUCACCGAAACCCGGCUCACCCCCAACGUUCUUGACUCUGAGGUCUCUCUCCCGGGGUAUGCGUCAUUCCGUUCGGACCGUGCACAACCAAGGAUGGGUGGGGGCGUCAUGCUGUUUGGCCACGAAAGUGUACCGGUUACUCACCUCUACAGCUACGCGGAUCCUGAGGGUAAGGGAGAAGCGCUGUGGUACAAAGCCAAAGUGUGCUGCAACGGCUACANCAGUGGCCAUCCGGGACGAUAUGCGUCGAUGGGCUGGCGACGGCCACUGUUUGAUUUUUGGUGA